ACGUGCACGCUGAUUGGUCAGAGCGGGAUGAUGUGGGCGGGGACAUUCCGGCCAGUACAAAUACAACACGCGUUCGGCUAAUGCGCUUAGAAAACAAGCAUCUAACCACGAAAAGAGACAAAGAAAAUACACGAACUAUCUAUUCUCUGCGCGGUACAGAAGAAUAGCUGUACACCAUGACCAAGGACACGGAGACUGACAUGAAGGAGGUGGAGUUGAAUGAGAUGGACCCAGAGAAGCAACCCAUGACGGGGGAUGGUCAGACUGGAGAGAAGAACGGAACCGUCAAACUCAAAGUCCCAGAAGAUGAGGUCACCUUCACUGGGCUGUCCAAGGAGGAGCUCAUGAAGGUUGCUGGGACUCCUGGAUGGGUGCGUACUCGCUGGGUGCUGCUGAUCCUGUUCUGGCUCGGCUGGGUGGGCAUGUUGGCUGGAGCUAUUGUGAUCAUUGUGAAAGCUCCUCCCUGCAAACCCAUCCCCGAAAUGAACUGGUGGAACGAGGGGUCCCUGUACCAAAUCUCUGACCUAGAAGCCUUUUCUGACGGACUGGAAGGCGUGGAGACCAAGUUGGACAACAUGAACCAGUUAAAGGUCAAAGGUCUCAUCAUAGGCCCUCUUCACAGUGUCCAAGCCAACCGGCCCCUCACCCUCAAUCUUAAAGUUGUCGACCCCAACAAGGGCUCAGAGGAUGCCCUGCGGUCCCUGGUGGAGAAGGCCCAUAAGAAGGGUAUUUCUGUGAUUCUUGACCUGACUCCAAACUACGAGGGAUGGCCCUCUUGGUUUACAGCUGCAGAUGAGGCUGAGGUGAUUGAGAAAGUCAAGGAUGCAGCUGAGCACUGGUUGAAACUGGGACUGGAUGGCAUCAAAGUGUCCGAUGUCACUGUCCCGGCCCAGGCUGCGGAGUGGGCCCAACUGCAGGCUGCUAUCCAGAGCAACCGCACCGAAGACACCAAGAACAAGCUGCUGAUGGGUGUGGCUGAAGGAAUAACAGCUCAGGAGGUUUCUCAAUUUGUGAACACCUCUGGCAUCGACCUGGUCCUGUCCGACCUGCUCACCAUGCAGAAAGAUGUGAUGGACACACUGACCAACAUGGACUUCCUCAGUGCCCUGAAGAUGAACCUGGGAUGGGGAGUGGGCGCUGCUCAGAAAAAACAACUGGCCAGUCAGAUUUCAGCUCCAGGACUGACCCGCCUCUACCAGCUCCUGCUCUUCACCAUGCCCGGGACCCCUGUGUUCACUUAUGGAGACGAGAUCGGCCUGAUGGCAGAGGGUACUACAAAUCCUAAAAUGGUUUGGGACCUUGAAGAGAAACCAGCAGAAGGUGCCGUUAAUGCGACAGCUGAGGCUAUUCGUAAGGACAGAUCAGAGACCAGAAAAUGGUUUAAGUCUCUGAGCGAUUUGAGAGGAAAGGAGAGAUCUUUGCUUUAUGGGGACUUUUACAGAUUUGAUGCUUCAAGCGCAGUCAUGUCCUUCCUCAGACUGUGGGACCAGAGCGACAGAUACAUCACAGUCAUCAACUUUGGCUCAGCUCCGGCAACCAUCGCACUCACAUUUCAAGGAACAGAGGGAGUGGAGUUACCAGAACAAGCCAAGGUGAAGCUCUCUACUGACGAAGCGCUAGAGCCAGACUCCAUGGUGAGCCUGAACUCCAUCAAACUGGGGCCCGGACAAGGGGCGCUGCUGCAGUUCCCUUAUGUGGCAUAAAGAGGGCGCUGUCACACAGAAGAGAUGACACAGAGAAGAGGGCAUGAUGCAAAAAAGAGUUAAAAGAAAUUGGAAGAUAAAAUGAUCAUGAAAUACUUGAUUUUACAAAAAGAAGCCCAUUUAUGUGAAAUGUGUCAUGUUUUCAAUAUUUCUAAAAAUUUGUGUGAAACAUUCCAUACUUGUUGGGCAUUUUUAUUGCAGUUUUUUACUUUGCACUUUUAAGAUUUUGGUUUGCCUAGUUUUACAUGGAGGAUUGACUGUUUUCUAAAUGGAGUCAACAUGUUUAUUGAACUUUGGGUGAUGGUGGAAAAAAGUUACAAUACAAAUUUUAAAGAAGUGAUGAAGAAUAAACAAAUUCUGCUCCCUCUA